AUGAACACGCUUUCGUACCUCUCUUCUUUGCUGCUCCCAACAACACGAAAUGUGACGCCGCUACACCAACAAGACCCAUCGUCGCCGACCGUUCCCCACGACGACGAGCCGACCAUCCACGCCGAUGACCCUACUGCCUCGACGACGACAAUCGAGGCGUUAGGGGCCGAAGAUGAGGCCAAGGUGGAGGAACUGUUGGCGCAGGCGCUGAACGCGAGUGGGGAUACGCUGUAUUUGAGCGCGAGGACGAGGAGACGGUCAAGUGGAGCCGCUGCUGGUAAGGGAGAUUCGCACGUGGGUGGGGCGGCUGAGCUCGGAACAACGGUGGAUGACGCUGGUGCACCUUCAGCGAUUUCGGAUACUGCUACUACAACAACGACCACGACGGAUGAAGAGGAUGAACCAGUCGUGCGGAUUUCGACCGCACCACCACCGCAUUUGGUCGACAUUGCGAAUGCGCAAGGUCUGACGCGCAAGAUCAGUCUCCGAUCCAAAUCGAGUGCCACAUCACCUGUAAUACUGGAUGAAGAGUACAACGAGAACUCUUCUUUAGAUUCGACAACCACAACACCCGCGGACAAUGACGUCGACAGUGAAACGAAGGAGGCCGAACGGCGACACGCGCAAAAGGACCUCGAGUACAGGCAACGGGUCCUCUCGCCGCCUCGGAGGAGCAUGAUUGGCCUGCUGAGGCUGCCAAUCCCUGGGUUGACGUCGUUGUGGAGCUUGGUCCGGAACGUAUGGGCAUUUUUCUCCGGCACGAGGGUCCGUCCGGUACCGGCAGUGAUAGAGAAGAGCGGGAUCGAGCAGCAGCCCACAAUCGACCUUAGCGACGGUGGCAACGAGCUGGCCGAGUCAUUGGAAAAAGCAGCAGCCGCAGCAGACCCCAAAACAACAUCAACACAUCCUUCCACAAAGUCCUUGUCGUUCUUUCGGCGGAAGCCUUCGUCUGACCUCACGCACACGACCCCGUCGAUCCCUAAACCACCGACUCAACCUCCGCGUCUUACGCCCAAGGUCCUCGUCCUUGAUCUGGACGAAACGCUCAUUCACUCGACGUCGAGACCGUACGCGAGCUCCAGGAAAUCGGCUGGUCUCAAGGUCAGGCUCGUUGAGGUUGUCUUGGAGGGCAGGAGUACGGUCUACACCGUUUACAAGCGGCCAUGGGUCGACUAUUUCUUGCGCAAGGUGAGCGACUUGUUCCCGAAUGGGCCUAAUCGAGGUUCGUCUAACUGAUGUUGAUUCAUUUUUCUUGAAGGUCUCGACUUGGUACACUGUCAUCAUUUUCACUGCUUCGUUGCCCGAGUACGCCGACCCGGUUAUCGAUUGGCUCGAUGGGGGAGACGGCGGAGGUGGGAUGGUCGGAGGGCGCUUAUUCCGCUCAGUGAGUUAUCUCAUGUCUGCUUGACGGACGAAGCUUAGUUUGCUGAGCGCUCGGUACUGCCAGGAUUGCCUCCACUCGAAUGGUACUUACGUCAAGGACCUGAGCGUUGUCGAUGCGGACUUGUCCAAAGUGUGCUUGGUCGACAACUCGCCCGUGUCUUAUGCCAUCAACCAAGGUGAGCUCAGAGAUUGAGAGCGGCCUAUCCCAGUAUCACUUACGAUCGGAAACCUGCGCCCUUUUACGCUUUCGUUUCGACAGCCAACGGGAUCCCGAUCGAAGGCUGGAUCAAUGACCCCAAUGACGAAUGCUUGCUCGACCUGCUACCGAUGCUCGACUCACUGCGGUUCACCAACGAUGUCAGGCGGGUGCUCGGUCUCAGAGGGUUCGGCAAGUAG